CUUCUCAACGGGCGAAGCGGUUACGGUGCUCUCCAUGAGAUUUGGUCAAAGGAUGAGGUGAGAAUUGACUGUUUUCAAGGUGGCGAUAAUGAGACUCUUGGAUGACUUUGCAUGCUCCCCUACUGACGUAGUUCCUUGAACCUGAUAAUCUUGACCGGGCGUGGAGCACUUUGGACUUGACUUGCUGGACCUGCUGGAGUUGGGCUAUUAAUUCGGACUGAGAUCAUAAUAUGAGUUGGGCCCUUGGGUUUGACCUAUCAUUUGCCCCUGAAUGCCCUUCGUCUAAUGGAAGUUGGAGAGGAGGGCAUUCGAUUGAGUUUGAAUUUUCUGUUGAAGGCAUUAUUGAAAAAACUUCGGGAGGCCAAAACAAAUGCUUCUAGGCCUUUUUUGGGCUUUUAAUGGCGACUAUCACGACUGUAGGCGGUGAGUAUUGUAGAGCUCGCUGAGAGUUUCGAUUUUACAUAUUAUGGGCGUCGUUUGGAGUUACGGAGCAAAGUUACGGUCAAAAUAAUGAUCAGACCUUUUUAAAUCCGAAUUUUUUAAAAACUCCUUUCAUUGGCGACUCCCUCCCUUCCAGAAGACUCUUUUUGCCAAAGGGACUCCAUUAGCUAUAUAAAUUCCACUUUUUACCCUCUUUUUUGGAUUUUGGAAGAAUCCUAGUUAUAAAUUUGGGGCUUUUUACUUUCCUUGAUUUUAAGAAAUUCUCGUCUAUAAAUAGAAAACUUUUCCUUCAUUUUGCCCAUUUCAUAUAAUUUUGAGAGAGGAUAUUUUACCCAUUCCACACAACCUUGAGUGAGAAAGAGAGUCCUUCUUGAAAUUCUCCAAGAAUGUAUAGGUGAAACUUUUUGAAGUUGAGCACUUCAAUCAAUGUUGACUGGAGAGGAGCUUGGGGAUCUUGGUGGAGAGCCAGGAGAAAUUUUUGUGGUUCCUGGAGAAGAGGAGGAGGAACUAGGCGUUGUGGUGGUACCAGGGGCGUCCGUUGUCAUCACUGCUCGAGCGUCCAUGGGGUUGUCCGUGGUGGGGGCGUCGAUAGUAGGUGAGCCCACUGUUUUAGUUGAAGGUGCAAGGUCUUGGGUGAUGAAGGAGGCAUUGGGCAGCUUGGGUGAGCAUGGGGCCUUGGGCGCCGAUUUGGGCGCUGACUUGAGGAGCUUGGGCGAGCAGCCUGCUCGCGUAGGUGGGAAGGGGCGAUUAGUUCAAGCGACAGGCGAGCAGGGGCCUUGGGGGUCUUGGGGAGAUUGGGGGUGUGGUGGUGAUGGGCGAGCAACCCAGAUGACGUGGAGUGGAGAUGGGCGGUUGGGAUCUUGCCAGAGCAACGAUGAGGACAACCACUGUCUGCGCGAGGCUGUCGUGACGACGGGAGUUGGUGGGCGUGCCAAAGGGGGUUUGGGUGAGGCGUACCUGCAGGUGGGCGUGCCUCCCUUGGCACUGAGCCCAUCAGUCAGUUUGGGCAAGUUCCCCUUGGCGUGGAAUUUCUCGAAAUCAGACUUGAGGAGCUUGGGCGAGCAGCCUGCUCGCGUAGUUGGGAAGGGGCGAUUAGUUCAAGCGGCUGGCGAGCAGGGGGCCUUUGGGGUCUUGGGGAGAUUGGGCGAGCAGCCUGCUCACGUUAGGGGUGUGGUGGUGAUGGAUGGGCGGUUGGGAUUUGGCCGGAGCAACGAUGAGCGAGCAACCUAUGUGAUUGGUGAGGCUGCCCAUGGGGGGUUUGGGCGAGGCGUACCUGUAGGUUGGCGUGCCUCCCUUGGCACUGGGCCCAUCAGUCAGUUUGGGCAAGUUCCCCUUGGCGGUAGAGGCUGGGCAUAG